AUGCAGGUUGACCUGCCUCUUGACGCGGGGGUGGUGCUCCUGGACAUUGGCUUUGCGGGCGACAACCCCAACCACGGCUACGUCCUGGGCACACGCCAGACUCUGCUUGAGACCCUGGACGGCGGCAAGACCUGGGAGAAGCGCACCAUUGAGGCCGCGCGUGACGAGGGCUUCAACUACCGCUUCAACAGCAUCUCCUUCAGCGGCUCUGAGGGCUGGAUCAUCGGCAAGCCCGCCAUCCUGCUGCACACCGCAGACGGCGGCAAGAACUGGGAGCGCAUCCCGCUCAGCAACAAGCUGCCCGGCACGCCGCUGCUGAUCACGGCGCUGGGCAACGGCGCCGCUGAGAUGACGACCGACCAGGGCGCCAUCUAUGUGACUGACAACACCGCCUACACCUGGACGGCCGCGGUGCAGGAGACGGUGGACGCGACCCUCAACCGCACCGUGUCCAGCG